ACAAACAUUCCUCAGCAACAGAAAUCCAUCAACAUUCCACACUACCCGAAACAUGCCUUCCAACCAUGUUCGAUGGGGUCCGCGGAAGCUUCUCCUGCUCGCCGCGACCCUGAUCAACACCGCCGCCGCUGACGAGAUUCUCUCCACCGUCGGCUUCACCACGUGCGGUCCCAGCAAUGCCGACGUCAAGGUCAACAAGGCCGACAUCACCUACAACAAUGCCGACAAGACGGUCGUGUUUGACGUCUCAGGCACCAGCACCAAGGUCCAGAACGUCACGGCCGAACUCAAGGUGACGGCGUACGGCAAUGAAAUCUACUCCAACAAGUUCGACCCCUGCGACAGCAGCACCUUUGUCGAGCAGCUCUGCCCCGUCCCCGAGGGCACAUUUGGCGCCCGAGGCACCCAGAAGAUCCCCGAAGAAUUCGCCAAGAUGGUGCCCGCCAUUGCGUUCCAGGUUCCCGACAUCGCGGCCCUCGCCACUCUCGAGCUCAAGUCGGUCGACGGUGGUUCCGAGGUUGCCUGCAUCCAGUCGCAAGUCUCCAACGGCAAGACGGCCAGCGUCGCCGCCGUGUCCUAUGUCGCCGUCGGCAUUGCCGGCGUCGCCCUCAUCGCGACCGGUGUCUCUGCCCUCGGCUCCGCCGUCGCUGGCGGCAGUGCCGCAGCCGGCGGCGCUGGUGGCGCUGGCACGCCCAGCCCCAGCUUCACCGAGACGCUCGGCUGGGUUCCAGGGCAUGGCCAUGAACGGCAUGCUAUCGGCAUUGACAACUUCCGCGGCAUGACUGGUGGUGACCUCAGCAAGGACAGUUUUGAGCUGCUGCGCAACGCCACGCUCACCUUCCCCGACGGAUCGACUUCGCAGAACAACGGCGGCGGUUUGUUUCAAGGCCAAGCGCGCCAUGAAGCAGUUGUCAUCCUCGAGUUCUGGGCCCUCUUCGGCAGCUUCCCCAAGGCCCUGUCCGGGUUCCGCGAGCACUACUGGGGCUCGAUCGCGCGCACCAUCACGUCUCUGAUCCUGCUGCUGUACGGCAUCUGGGUGCUCUACUGCAUCUUCCAGUUCACCCACGGCGACUCGUGGGCGGCCAAUACGCUGGCCGGCGUGACGCUGGCCGUCUUCACGGGCAUCCUCGCCUUUUUCGCCUGGAAGAUCUGGAACACGGCGCGCAAGCUCAAGCAGGCCGAGGGCGACAGCUCGGGCCUCUACGAGAAGAAGGAGGUCUGGGUCAAGUACUCGCUCUUUUACGAGUCGUACAAGAAGGACUACUGGUGGCUGUUCAUCCCCAUCAUCAUUUACAUGUUCGCCAAGGGCACCAUCAUCGCGGCGGGUGACGGCCACGGCCUGUUCCAGGCGUCGGGCCAGCUCAUCGUGGAGGCGCUGCUGCUGAUUCUGCUGCUGUGGAAGCGGCCCUACGAGCGCAAGUCGGGCAACGUCAUCAGCAUCACCAUCCAGGUCGUCCGCGUCAUCUCGGUCGUGUGCAUCCUCGUCUUUGUCGAGCAGUUUGGCAUCGCACAGACGACGCAGACGGUGACGGGUGUCGUGCUUAUUGCCGUGCAGUCGGCACUGACGGGUAUCCUGGCCAUCCUCAUCGUAUGGAACGCCUUCAACGCCUGCUGCAAGGUGAACCCGCACCGCCAGCGUCGCAAGGAGAUGGAGAAAAUGCAGCGGGACAUGGACAACCUCACACCACUCGACGCGCGCAACUCGCUGCUUCUCGACCGCAAGGAUCCCGAGGCGGGCCCGAACGGCGAGACGACGUACGCCAUGGCGUCGGCCGUCGAGAAGAACCAGACCAGCGUGGCGUCGCACGCGCGCGACCCGUCCCGCGACAUGUACGACCGCGCGGCGGCGGCGCAGUACAACACGUACCACAAGAACCACCCGAGCCAGGCCAGCAACAGCCUCAACUUUGUCGGCAGCAGCGUGCACCCGGCGUACCGGCCACUGACGCCGAGCACGCCGAUGCACGAGCGCAGCACCAGCAGGGAGGGGCUCAUGGCAUCGGCGGCACCGGUGGGCCAGGCCGUGACGCGGCAACCGACGGUGCCGGACAUGGGCGGCAACGGAGGCGACAGGUCGUAUCACAACCAGGGCUACGGCCAGGGAGGGUACGGUCAAGGGGCCGGCUACCGGGGGUUUUGA